AGCAAGCCCAGCGAACUGCGCCAAAGCUGUGGGUAACACCGGCCCAGCAGAGAUGGGCCUCCAGUCUGCCCGUGAACACUCUGGUACUGUUUGUACCCCAACAAGAAGCCUGGGUGGUGGAGAGGAUGGGUCGUUUCCAUCGUAUCUUGGAGCCAGGUUUGAACUUCCUCAUACCCAUUCUUGACAAAAUUCGUUACGUGCAAAGUCUUAAAGAAAUAGUGAUUGAUGUCCCAGAACAGUCUGCAGUAUCUCUAGAUAAUGUAACACUACAGAUUGAUGGAGUACUUUACUUAAGGAUUCUAGACCCUUUUAAGGCCAGCUAUGGUGUUGAAGAUCCAGAGUAUGCAGUCACUCAGUUGGCACAAACCACUAUGCGAUCAGAACUGGGCAAACUGGCAUUAGACAAAGUGUUCCGGGAAAGAGAGUCCCUCAACUCCAACAUUGUCCACUCCAUCAACCAAGCUUCGGAUGAAUGGGGUAUCCGCUGCCUCCGGUACGAAAUCAAAAAUAUUCACGUUCCUCCUCGAGUCAAAGAAUCCAUGCAGAUGCAGGUGGAGGCUGAACGUAAAAAGAGAGCCACUGUGCUGGAGUCUGAAGGGACGAGAGAGGCAGCCAUUAAUGUUGCCGAGGGUCGUAAACAAGCUCAGAUCCUGGCCUCAGAAGGUGAAAAAGCAGAGCAGAUCAACAAAGCAGCUGGUGAAGCCCAAGCAGUCUUAGCCAGAGCUGAGGCAAAGGCGAAGGCAAUCUGCAUGCUGUCCGAUGCUCUGACUGAGCAAAAUGGAAAUGCAGCUGCUUCACUGAGCGUUGCUGAACAGUAUGUGUCAGCCUUUUCCAACCUGGCCAAACAAUCUAACACAAUCCUUCUGCCCUCUAAUACUGGUGAUGUCAGUGGAAUGGUAACACAGGCUAUGACCAUUUACAGUACACUGGCAAAGGCGAACGCAGCACCAUCCCUAGAAGUGGUGGAGGAGAAAAAGGAGAUUUGGAAAGAGUCGGAAAUCCCUGAAGAGCAAAGAACUGACUAAACUCAGAAUAUUAAACACAAAGCACCAGAUUAAGUCUAAAUGUUUUUUUGUAAGCCGUGUUCACAAACCUUCUCUUGACAAGACCAAACAGGAAAAACAAACUUUCUGAAGUGGUCUGAUGUCCUGCUCAGUAGGAUAUCACAUUUUAU